AUGCCAGCAUUACCAGGACUGAUGGAUAUGAGUGCGGAGGGGGUAUUUGAUAGUGUUGGUCAUGCGAUUAUCAUGGCAAGGGGGGUGCUUGACGACCUGCCGUUCCUCGUCAAGCGCAUCAAUAUUUCAACGAACAGAACCAGCUCGCCAGACCUGAUAGAGGCGGUCAGCACAGAUCCGUGGAGGUUCAGCGGGAAAUAUGCCUUGGGUUGGGUGUAUUUCUGCAUAAUUCUCCUGGUGGUUGCUUUCCUGCUGAGGACAUAUCAUUAUUUUACCGACCGGAUACGAACGGCACUCCACGCGGAAGACACGAAGGCGCAAUCGAAAACGUCAUCACCAGAUACGGACUACGAGAUGAAUGCACUGUACACAGACAAGUCGACGGCUAAAUUCUUUCCACGGGACGGAGCGUUACCGGCGAAACCGAAGCUCGAGUCCAACUGGUCGUCAUUGCACUGGGUCAAUGUGCUUGUUGCGAUGUUCCGUUUCCUCUUCUACCGACCCAUCCCGGAACUACGAUUGAGGAAAGGAUGGCGGCCAAUUGCUUUCCCAUCACUAGCGGUUUCCAUCAUUGUAGCCGCUGCUAUGGUAUUCACCGUUUGUUACUGCUUCAUUCCGCAGCCACUGUUCUACAAGAGCAUCGCGUACGGAUCGCCUCCACUUGCAAUUCGGGCGGGCAUGGUCGCCGUGUCCUUGAUCCCGUGGAUUGUAGCACUGAGCAUGAAAGCGAACUUCAUCUCCUUACUGACUGGAGUCGGACACGAAAGGCUCAACGUUCUCCAUCGAUGGCUAGCUUAUCUCUGUCUCGCGCUCAGCAUCGUCCAUACCGUUCCAUUCUACAUCACACCAAUCACCGAUGCCGCGGCCCUGGAUAGCUUCCACAAAAUUUUCGAGGCGCAAGGAGGAAUGUAUAUUUAUUCCACUGGCAUUGCCUGUCUUGUUCCCCUCGGCUUCCUUUGCCUCCAUUCGUUGCCAUUCCUCCGACGUCGGGCCUACGAGCUAUUUGUGGCUGUUCAUGUCCCUAUUUCCAUCGUCUUUAUCGGAAUGCUGUUUUGGCAUUGUAAGAAUUAUUUGACAUCGUGGCACUAUCUGUUUGCCACGAUUGGGAUCUGGCUUGCAUCAUACCUAUUCCGGCUAUUGUACCUGAAUUGGACGCACCCAUUUCGCAUGUCGUGGCUGGUUGGCGAUGAGUCUGCAAUCACACUUCUCCCAGAGAAUGCUGUGAAGAUCACGAUUCCGACUCAAGUCAAAUGGAGACCCGGACAAUAUGUGUAUCUGCGGAUGCCAGGGAUCUCGGUGUUUGAGAAUCAUCCGUUCACCAUUGCAUCGUUGUGCUCCGAUGACUUCCCUUCAGAGUAUGGAGACGGAUACAGAGACAUGCUCCUUGUCUUCCGUCCAUUCGGUGGCUUCACUCAGAAGGUUGUCAAAACCGCCCUAGAACAUGGACCGUGGCAUACCUACCGUGCGUUCAUUGACGGACCAUAUGGAGGAAUGCGUCGGCGCAUCGAAUCGUUUGAUUCGGUAGUUCUCAUCGCCGGCGGAUCCGGUAUUACCGCGAUCGUGUCGCAAUUGUUGGAUCUCAUCAAGCGUAUGCGAGAUGGCAAAGCUGUCACGAAGACCGUCCAAGUCAUUUGGGCGCUCAAGCGCCCGGAGACCCUCGAAUGGUUCAAAGAAGAAUUGCGGAUCUGUCGCGAAUUUGCUCCACCUGACAGUGUCUCUUGUCAGUUGUAUAUCACUGCAGCAAAGAGGCUAUCACAAAGGGAGAUGAUGCAGAUGGGACUCGGCAUAGAAGGACAGAGCGGGCUCGUUUCGGCGCAUACUCCGACGCGGCCAGUGUCCAUGUAUUUCCACGAUAAGGUGAACGAUGUCUUCCAAGACAUCGCCGAAAAACGCUUCUCCGGCAUUCCCGACCGCAAGCGCCUCUCCAACCUCUCCAACCUCUCCAAUCGGAACAGUGCACUUAUCCAAGAGGAGGCUCAUGGGGAUACUGAGCGCGAGGAAAUGCGCCGCGAAAACGAAGACGCCAUAACUGCACUCCCACAAGCACAACUCGUCUCUGCAAGAAGCGGAAGCAGAGGCCACCUCGCCCCGCCAGGGUCGGACGGUGACGCUCCUGAAUACGCGGAGGAAGACCCCUAUAACCCACAGGAUAUCCGUUUUACCACUUGGGCUGAGCGUCGCAAGUAUGCUCAAUCCCAUGCCUCCCAUUCCCGCAAUCUCUCCCUAGACGUCGCCCAGGCCGUGGCAGCUGGCACCGGUGCUCUAGACCCCAACACAGCCGCGACUGCCUCCGCCAUUUCCCCAUCAACCACGAACUUUGACUUCGGGUUCCCCAGCACACCGACCGAGUUCCAGAAGAACCUAAUGAGGUUUGCAUUUUUACCCGGCCCAAUCAACCCUGCUCCGUAUCGACCUGGUUGGAGCAUUGAGUACGGUCGGCCAGAUAUUCCAUUUAUGCUGCGAGAGGCGAGCCGGGGAUGGGGGAGGAGGACAUGUGUGUUCGUAUGUGGGCCGCCGAGCAUGCGGAUAGCAGUAAGUGAGCAGGUGGCGCAGUUACAGCGCAUGGUCGUCAGUGGGACGGGGCCGAGAGGAGAGAAGGUGGAGGGUAUAGAAGAGAUAUUCUUGCAUGCGGAGAACUACGCGCUGUGA